AAUAAUAGUAAUUUCUAGGGCAAAGCUGCCGUCCCCGUCGCCGUCAAUCAUUGUUCAGCUCGAGACGACGACGUAGACGCAAUCCUGAAGCAAUGGUGUCCAGAUCGACUUGAACAUGCACAUGAAGAAGCUAACACAACAGCUCACCGCAAUGAAACCCCCAAAAGGAAGAUUAAUAAAAACAAAUAUACACAUUGAGGGAUUUGAACGAGAAUCAAAUAUGAUACUUCUGUAUGUUAUCGUUGCUGAACGAGCUACGGAAGCUUUGUCGAUGGUAGGUGAAAGCAGGCGCGAGAUUGAUAUCGUCGUGACUGAAUUUGACCUCCCCGACAUGGAUGGACUCAUGUUUAUUGAGAAAGUUCUUGAAAUAAAGAAGCUACCAGUUUUCGUUUUAUCAGCAUUUGAAAACUUUGAGGUGAAAAUGUAUUGCCUAUUAAAUGGUGCUGAAUUCUGUCAUGACAAACCCCUGGAUAAAGACACUGCACAUGGUCUUUGUGAAUUCAUUGUACCUAGAAGUAGUUCAUCCUCCACUUCUGAAAUUUCCUAUAAUAUUUUGGACUCGCUUGUGUCUAUAAAUACUGAUAUGUAUAUAGUAGACGAUUUGAUUCUGGAGAAUCGUGAAGAAAUUGUCGCAAAUAACUUCGGUAUGAUCUCUAAAAAGUCAUGA